AUGGCGUCGUUAACUGGAGGGAUAUGCAAUAACAGUGGACGUGCCAGGUGCUCGUUUGUGUGUCUUUUGCUUUUCCCGGGCUUUCUGUUCUUCUCCGACAACGCGGCCAUUGUUUAAAAGAGCCCAGAAGUGAAAGCACUGCAUGAAAAAUUGUCCGCUGUGAAUCUCAAAGCAUCCGAAUAUCGCAACCAGCUCCAGUCCACAAAGCAGGAACUUAAGAUGACACAAAAGCUUCUCACCCACGAAGUGGGUGAAGACGUCAACAUACAAAACCUUCUGUCCAACCCCGGCAGCUGGCGAGGACGGGCUCAGCAAAUCCUGGUCCUGCAAGGCAGAGUACGGGACUUAGAAACCCAACUGAAUUGCCGCAAAAGCAAAUUUUCCGAGAACGAUGCCAGUGAAGAUCCGUUAAGCUUCACCGACCCCAGGAAAUCCUCAGCCCAAGUAAAAAACCAGCUGCGUAUUCGAACCUUGGAAAGGGAGAAGAAAGAAGCUUUGGAGAAGCUCAUGAGCCAGUACCAAGUCCUUCAGAAGGACCACGAGGACGUGAAGAAGAAGCUGGAGGGGUCUAAAGCCAGGAACAAGGUCCUGUCCAAUGAGGUGAAGACCCUGAAGGAGCAAAUUUCCACCCUGAUGGAGAAGGGGAAGCACGACAACGAACUCGUGGAUGCUCUCGUGAGCCAACAGAAAGAAAUGCAAGGGAUCUUAAAAAGUCUGAGCCAGCAAGAAGAGAAGAAUGUGGAAAGCGAGAAGGCCCUGGGGAAGAAGUUGAACGAUGAGAUCCAGAAGCAAAACUGCCUCAUUGAGCAACUCAAGCAGAUGGUGGCCGAGCGAGAAGCUCAGGUGAAGGAGCUGGAAGAGGUGGUCAGGCAGCUGAGGUUGCAGCAGCGGCAUAUGCCCCUCCAAGAGGAGAGUGGAAUGGAUUCAGGUUCCACACUAUCUACAGAGUCUUUAGAGGAGGAAAAUGAGAAUUCAGCACCUCAGAAGGAAGACUAUAGCAGAAAUGACAGCUCCGUACGGACAGUGUCGAAGAUGGGACACACCCUUGUGGACUCUGCAGCGACGUCAUUUCCAGCAUCUCCUGGCAGGGCGUCAGAGCAGAACGAGGCCGGUCUCAGGACGCUGCAGGCACAGAUCACCGAAUACAAGACUCUGUCUCAAGCAGCAGAAGUGGAACGCGACCACCUGAUAGAGCUAGUCAGCAUCCUACAGAAAAGGGUGGACGAGAGCAUCACGAAAGUUUGGGAAGCAGAGAAGAAAUUUCAGGAACAACAACACAAGUAUGUCGUUCUUGAGCAGCAGUUUGCAAAGCUGAAGAUGGAAUCUGGGAAGACAAUCGUGGCCUCCAAGGCUCACCCAAAAACCAAAGCAGCUCCGCCACUCAGCAGCACCAAAAUGAGCUGGAACGCCGGGGAUAAAAAGGAUUUGCCAUCUGCCCAACUUUCUGAAGUGCCUCUGGAAUCUCAGUUAGAGGAACUGUCCACACAGCUGGCGAUUCAGAUGGACGAGAUUGAAGGCCUGAAGAACGCUUUGCAAGAAUCCAUCCGGACCAAAGAGGAGGACUUCCAGGUGUACCAGGACACCGUGGGACAGGAGGGCGCAGCAGAUACAGCAGACGUUGGUCCUGUAGAAGAUGCGGGUGGUCCCCAGCUAGAGGGACCCAGGGGCCAGCUACUCUCGUCCAUAAUGAUGUACUCGUAGCCAUAUUCGCCGGAUCGAUAGUCCGGCACUUGUUCCGAACGAGUCUAGAAUCCAUACGCGGGAAGGAUUUGCUUGGGUAGAAACCAACUUUGCAUCAACUUUUGAUAUCCCUUGCCAAACAAAACCUGUUUAAAAACUUUUCCAGUGUAAAUACAGACCCCGUUGUUGUCACUCGGCAAG